AACCGUCAACUUCAACUCAACGGGCUCUAGCAAUCCCAUACGUUUCAUUGUCAAUCAACAGUACUCCAAAAGCUCAAUUUAUCUCACUUCGCCAAUAUGUCGGCCCCAGAGGAUUAUAUGUCGGAUGAAUGGACUGGCACUGACUCGGAAAUCAACUCAGACGACCUGACAGAUAUCUGCACAAACGACGGCUCAGACGACGGCUCAGAUGGAGGCUCAGAAGAGGUUCCAGAGAUUGACCCUGAGGUCUUUGGUCCUCUUGCAAACAUCACUGCGGAGUCACUCAUAGCUCUCGCCUCUCGAAUCGCCAAGGAUGUCCUUCAUGUUUCUGCAGAAAACGCAACACUCGUGAACCGACUCAGUGGUUCCUUCAACAUCGUUCACAUUGUCCAGUUGGAAACCCUCAAGCUAGUGAUUAGGGUUCCCGCCACAGGUUGGGGCGCUGGAAUGACAAAGACAGCAGAAGAUGCCCUUGCAUCGCAAGUUGCGACCAUGUGUUUCAUUCGACAACAAACCGGUGCUCCUGUACCUGAGGUGUAUAGUUGGGACCCAACCAACGACAAUGAAGUUGGUGCGCCAUUCAUUUGCAUGAGCUUUUUGGCCGGAGAGACUGCAUCUCGUGUUUGGUUCAAAGACUCGAUCAACGCUGAGGAGCGAGAAGAAGUUCGUCUCAAUAUUUUGACUAGUCUUGCUAACAUCAUGGCCAAAUUCUCAUCUAUGAGCUUCGAUAAGAUUGGUUCGAUCAUGCAGGCAGAAGAUGGUAGCAUAUUUCUGGGACCUGUUUUAGAUUGGGACGAGCAAGAUGAUGGCAGCGUGCAAGUCAAAGCUGGUCGCACGUACUUCUCAGCAGUGGAGUAUCUUGCCUGCCACAUGGAUACUAAAGAAGAAAGGACUGCGUGGGAUCGUGCUGACAACAAGCUAACAAAGACCCUCCUGACUCUCUGGCCCGAUCUGGAUUCCCACUCCCGCUUUGUUCUGUGCCCACCCGACUUUGACUCCCAGAAUAUUUUGGUGGACGACAAAGGAGAUGUGACUGGCAUCAUCGAUUGGGAUCUGUGCCAAACCAUGCCGCCUCAUCAGGGGUAUGCUAGCUAUCCAGGUUGGAUCACAAGGGACUGGGACCCAUUGAUGUAUGGCUGGCCCGCCAUGGACACUGAGGACUCCCCGGAUACACUUCAACGUUAUCGGGACCACUACAACAAAGAACUUGGUAAAGCUCUUUCAUGGAAAGGGGACUGGGCUCUGACCGAACACUCCCACAUCACAGAAGCAGUAUGGCUCGCGGUUCUCAACAGGAUGAACAGGAGGGAUAUUCUUCGCAAGUUUGUCGAGGUUGCCCUAGAUGUCGACAGAAAAGAGGCUUUAGGCAUUUUCUAUGAUAUUGGAGACGAUUAUUAUGACGGGGAGGACUGGGAAGAGUUGAAAGAGAACCUGGGACUGCUGUUUGGAAGCGGAAGCUCGACACAUCAUUGCAGCAGCCCUGUGUGUCACACAACUGCCAGAACUCGUUGUGUGAAGCAGGAGCACUUGGAGGUCUGUCGUAAUUGUGGUGACGCGUGGUCGCUGAAGCACCAUUCCUCAUGCCCCUAUUGUCGGGGAAAGGAUGAAGCGGAGGAAGCCAGAAAUGAACGAGAGAGAAAGGCUGCGGAGAAGAAGAAGAAGAAGAAGAGCAAGUGGAACAAGUGA